ACAAAUGGGUGCAGUAAUAUAGAGAUCUAGAAGGUGGAAUUCAAAAGUAAUCAGGAAAACCACAACAUGAUGUAAUAUGUCUGAGGUACAAACAGAUGUACACAUGGUUACUGAUGGGAGUAACAUUAUUGACAAAAGUUGAUAAAAUAGCCGCUCCUACACCAACUCUAUGACAAUCAACCACAUCCUGCAUUCCUUCAGAAGACCGAGAGCAGAUUUGUAUAGGGUAGUAUCAUAAAACUAAGUGUACCAAUAAGGCAGUGCCAGUAGCACAUUCUUACUAUGGAAAAAUGAAUAAGCAAACCCUUGUUCUAUCUGAUUUUGCGAUACUAGCACUGCACAUGUAUUUUAGAACAAUGGUUCCAGAGUGCUUGUGCAAACAAAUGUUAGGCGGUGGCCCUAUUUAAUCCUGAUUAAUCAAAAGCUACGAUUGGACAUAUCUCCAUAUCACAGCUGCCUAAUGGAACUGAUACCACAUCACCUGUUAAGAAAUGUGAUGAUCAGAGUAGAUAAAUACACCUACAUGACGUUUACUGAGGUCGACCGAUUAGUCACUGUACCGCAACACCUUCAUUAAUAUACAUAAAGUCACUCUCUGGAACCGAUUUCCUUGUUCGGACAAAUGACUGAUGUGUUUUUGGUUUUUGUUGUACUUUGUUUUUGUCUUCACCAAUGUGAGGGUACCCCGUCACAAUAUAAGUGCCAUAGUAAAAGUCAUUAUUAGAAGCUCUUGGCUUAGCUGAGUGUCCAAGAUAAAUUGAUGCUGACAAGGAGUAGUUGAAAGUUUAAAGGUAAAUUCUGGGUGGAUGCCAAAAGUGGCCACGCCUCUAGAUUAUGGCCAAGAGCUGAUUCUUGUACCCAGUCAAUAUCAGGGACCCACUGCAGGAGAGAGGUUGCCCAAAGCCUGCUGAACAUAAUUCCAUCGACAAAGUGCACGAUGGACUGAGUGGAAGAUCUGUUUUCUUACGCUCCCCAGUUUUUAAAGUUUCCCCCUGCAGUAUUUAAAGACAGACUUCUAAACUUCUAAAAUCCCAAGAAGCCGAUCAAAGCUGAACCCAUGGAUUGGAAGUUUCUCCAGGGUCUUCUCAGUGGAGUCAAUAAAUACUCCACUGUCUUCGGACGUAUCUGGCUCUCAGUGGUCUUCGUCUUCCGGGUGUUGGUCUUCGUGGUGGCUGCUGAACGAGUUUGGAGCGACGACCAGGGACACUUCGACUGCAACACCCGCCAGCCCGGUUGCACUAACAUCUGCUAUGAUUACUUCUUCCCCAUCUCCCACAUUCGCCUCUGGGCUCUCCAGCUAAUCUUCGUCACCUGCCCUUCCUUCAUGGUGGUGCUGCACGUGGCCUACAGGGAAGAACGUGAACGCAAAUACCGAGCCAAGCACGGCGAUGACACGCGGCUGUAUGACAACCCGGGCCAAAAGCAUGGAGGUCUGUGGUGGACUUACCUGUUGAGCCUCUUCAUCAAAACCAUCUUUGAGAUCACCUUUCUCUACUUGCUCCACUACAUCUACGACAGCUUCAAGUUGCCCAGGAAGGUCCAAUGUGAUGUCAAGCCCUGUCCUAAUUUGGUCGACUGCUACAUAGCCCGGCCCACUGAGAAGACCAUUUUCACCUACUUCAUGGUGGGGGCGUCCGUCUUGUGUGUGAUACUCAACAUCUGUGAGAUUUUCUAUCUGAUUGCUGCUCGGGUGGUUAAUCUCAGACAUCGAGGCACCGUCCACACCUCGUCUAGAAAGGUCCGCUCUGACAUGGACCACUGCAAGUCACCUCUUACAUAAACGCUGAAAACCCAGUAUAAACAACCAAUGUGUCUUUAUAUGCCUUAAAUUGAUUUAAUAGGGUAGUAAUUUUAUACAUAAUUUUAUAUCUAAUAUAAAUAUAUUGUACUUUGACACAAACAAUCCUGUGCACUAUGAUAAUAUGAAUUAUUCGUCAGCACCAAAGUAAAGCUGAAUAAUUUUGGAUGCUGUGUCAUGCAGAAAUUGAUUAUUAUUAUUGAAUGAAACGCUGAAGGACUGCUCAUAUUUAUGACAGACAUCAUGAUAAUGACAAAAAACUGACAUUAUUUGUAUGUAUUUCCUUAAAAAAACGAUUGUCAAAGCACUGAA